AAGAGGUAGACGGCAUCACUCUGGUUUCUCUUUCUUCCUCCUUUGGACUUUGGUUGGUAGUGUAGUCACCGACUGUAGUGUCGUGGCUCACCCUCACCCUCUCCAAUUCUCUCCUCCGACUCCGUGACUCCAACAAGAUGGGAGAGAGGAUCCCAUCUGGGAACGGAAAUGGGAAUGGGAAUGGAAGUUAUUUUCAGUUCCCUCCUCCCGGUCCUUCUCCUGUCCGGUCUUCCGAUCAUCGUGAAAGAUUUUUGGCUGAAUUAUUGGCGGAGAGGCAGAAAUUGGGACCCUUUUUGCAAGUUCUCCCACAAUGUACCAGGCUCUUGACUCAAGAAAUCAGACGGAUAUCCGGAUAUAAUCAAGGUUUUCCGGAACAUGAAAGAUUUGAGCAAGACAGUCCAUUCAGGCCAUUAGGUCAACAUCCAAAUAGUAGGCCAAUGGAUAUGGAGGGAUGGCCUGCUGUACCUAGAGAGUUCUACAUGCAGGACAAUGGAAAUAUCCAAAGAAUGGGACCAUUUCAAGCACCACCAGUGGGUUGGCAUGGGGCACAAGGAAUUCCGACGACUCCUGUAGUGAAGAGAGUUAUCAGGCUUGACGUCCCUGUUGACAAAUAUCCAAAUCAGUAUAAUUUUGUUGGUCGGAUUCUGGGACCUCGCGGGAACUCAUUAAAAAGAGUGGAAGCGAUGACAAAGUGUAGGGUUUACAUCAGAGGCUGCGGCUCUGUGAAGGAUUCUAUUAAGGAAGAGAAGCUUAAAGAUAAACCCGGGUAUGAGCAUCUUAACGAGCCAUUGCACUUGUUGGUGGAGGCAGAGUUUCCCGAGGAUAUAAUCAAUUCACGCUUGGACCAUGCUGUUGCAGUACUAGAAAAUCUUUUGAAGCCCGUGGAUGAAUCACUUGAUCACUAUAAGAAGCAGCAAUUGCGGGAGCUAGCUAUGCUUAAUGGUACUCUGAGGGAAGAAAGUCCCAGUAUGAGCCCGAGUAUGAGUCCGAGUAUGUCACCUUUCAAUAGUAAUGGAAUGAAACGUGCCAAGACAGGAAGAUGACCUCAGUAUGUUAACAGUGGAUCUUACAUUUUUCUCAAGCUAGGUUAUUAGCAUCUGAUUUAGAAUUUGUGGCCGUCUUUCUGCUGAUUUUAUUCACCAGAAACACCUUUGGGACUGAAUCUCCUCUACCAGCUUGCAGGGAUGGUCAUUGGUCUAUCCGCUUAAUUUCUCUAUUCUAUUUUGGCGUCUAUUCUUUGGUGUGUUAACCGCAAGAGUAUUGACCGUCGUAUUGCCGUUAUAGAACAGUAUUUAUUGCUGUUAUAGUGCAGUAUUAACUAAGUUGCCGUGCUACUUAGUAGCAUACUCCUGGUUUGAUACUUUUUUUAUAAAAAAAAAUUGCAUUGUCAAAUUAUUUAAUUUCUUGCAUGUGUAUAUCUAAAUAUGCAUGGUGUUGACUCCUCUUGAGCUAAAUAAAACAAAUGUAGUAGUGUCUUUGAUUGUAUUGUGACUUCAAUAAUGUUGACAUUAUUCAAUGAUUGUUAUUUCAUUUUAUUA